AUGUAUCGCAAUCUUCGCAAGCGGCUUCGCGAUAGUGUCCAGGACAUCAACGAAACCCUGCUGGAAAUGGCCCUCGACGCGCGGCUCAUGCCCUCGUCCUCGACCUCGUCUGCCUCGGGCCUCGUAGCGUCGUCCGCCUCGACGCCGUCGCUGCGCUCUCGCGAUGCGUCGACGCCCGUGCCCGCCAGGAUGGACGGCGGCGGAAACGUAAGGGUCGUCGUGCGCGUGCGCGCGUUCCUGCAAAGGGAGAUCGAAAAGGCUACGAGAUGCCUCAUCGACAUGGACCCCAUCACCCAGGUCACGACUCUCAAGGCCCCCGAGAUUCCCGGCACGCCCAAUGGCAAGCAGAGCCUGCGCGGCAAGGUCAUCGACGACAAGCAGUUCACCUUUGACAACUCCUUCUGGAGCCACGACGUCAAGGACACCCACUAUGCCCACCAGGAGGACGUCUACAAUAGCCUAGGCGAGGAGUUUCUCGACCACAACUUCGAGGGCUACCACACCUGCAUCUUCGCCUACGGCCAGACCGGCUCCGGCAAGAGCUACACCAUGAUGGGCACGCCCGAGCAGCCGGGCCUGAUCCCCCGCACAUGUGAGGACCUCUUUGAGCGCAUCGAGGCGGCGCAGAACGAAGACUCCAACGUCGCCUACAACGUGCGCGUCUCGUACUUUGAGGUCUACAACGAGCACGUCAGGGACCUGCUCGUGCCCAUGGUACCCAGCUCGGCGCCACACUACCUCAAGAUCCGCGAGUCGCCUACCGAGGGCCCCUACGUCAAGGACCUGACCGAGGUGCCCGUCCGCAGCAUCAACGAAAUCAUGCGCUACAUGAAGCUGGGCGACUCUUCGCGGACGACGGCGAGCACCAAAAUGAACGACACUAGCAGUCGAAGCCAUGCAGUCUUCACCAUCAUGCUGCGCCAGAUCCACCACGACAUGGAGACGGACGAGACGACGGAACGCAGCUCGCGCAUCCGCCUCGUCGAUCUGGCGGGCAGUGAGAGGGCCAAGUCGACCGAGGCCACCGGCGCGCGACUCCGCGAGGGUAGCAACAUCAACAAGUCGCUCACCACGCUCGGCCGCGUCAUUGCCGCCCUCGCGGACCCGAAGCAGCUGCGCUCCGGCAAGCGCAAGGACGUCGUGCCGUACCGCGACUCCAUCCUGACGUGGCUGCUCAAGGACUCCCUCGGCGGAAACAGCAAGACAGCGAUGAUUGCGUGCAUCGCCCCGUCUGACUACGAAGAGACGCUCUCGACACUACGAUACGCCGACCAGGCCAAGCGCAUCCGCACGCGCGCUGUCGUCAACCAGGACCACAUCUCCACCGCCGAGAGAGACGCCCAGAUCGCGGCCAUGGCCGAGGAGAUUCGCCUGCUGCAGGUGUCGGUGUCGGACUCGCGGCAGCGCGAGAAGAACGCCAAGGAGGCCGAGGAGAAGCUGGAGGAGUACCAGCAGCGCGUGGCGCAGAUGCAGCGCAUGAUGGAGGAGCGCAGCAUGGUGGCCGAGAGCAAGAUCAAGAAGCUGCAGACGGAGAACGAGGCCCUCAAGCUGCACCUCAAGCUCGCCAUCGACAGCCUCAAGAACCCGAUCCCCGCCGUCACCAUCAGGUCCGCGCCCGACGGCGGGGACCACUUCCUAGGUGUCGGGGCCGAGAACAAGGCCGCGUACAAGGAGAACAGCGGCGUCAACAACGACGGCGACGAGGCAGAGUACGACGACGACUACGGCUACGACUCGGACAGCACGGCCGCCGGCGACGAGCUGCAGGAGGAGAUGCAGCGCUACCUCACCGACAUGGGCAAUCUGCGCAAGCUCAUCGGCGGGGACCUGUCGCGGUUCAAGGACGACGCGAGCGUGCGGAUGCCCCUCGGGACGCGCAAGAACGUGUAA